AGAUAAAUGAUUCCUCUGUAGGGAUUGUGUUUUCCAAUGGUGAAAACUGGAGGGAAAUGAGACGCUUUGCUCUUUCCAACCUGCGAGACUUUGGAAUGGGCAAGAAAAGGAGUGAACAGAUUAUCACUGAAGAAACGCAAUAUUUAAAAGAGGAAUUUGAGAAGUUUGAAGGAAAACCAUUUGAAACAACUCUGCUAACGGCCAUGGCUGUUUCAAAUGUCAUCUCUGCCAUCAUCUACAGCACCAGAUUUGAGUAUAGCAACACCAAGUUACAUCACAUGGUCAAACGAGCUUACGAAAACAUGAGGAUGACUGGAUCUACUUCAGUUCAGCUCUACAACAUGUUUCCUUGGAUUCGUCCUUUUGUGGCCAAUCAGAAACGUAUUGUUAACAAUGUCAAAGAAACUGUCAGACAAAGCGAGGAAAUAAUAAAUGGUCUGAAGAAGACUCUGAACCCUCUGGACCCCAGAGGAAUCGUUGACUGUUUCCUGAUACGACAACAAAAAGAUGAGGUACUGCCCGUAGUUUUAAAUUAAAUCGAUUUGCUAUUACAUUCUGGCAUCUC